CGGAGUGAGCCUGCUGAAAACGCACGCGCUCUGCCGUCGCACAGCACAGCAGCGCGUGGAGUCCCACGGAAAAAAGAAAACAAACCACAGAGCGAAGUCAGGAGCGAGCCGAAAUCUGAACUCUAAAAAAAACAACAACCAAACAAACACACACACACACACACACACACACGCGCACACACACUGAGGACACGCAAGUUGGCUCGCGCAAGCCGCCACUCACUCCUCCACCGCUAACAUGCCUGCCGUCAAAAAGGAGAGAUUGGACGGAGACGACAUGGCAUUAGGCGCCUUUGCGCAACCCGAAUACUUGGCCCCUUUAAAUGCCGCCGCGAUCCCCGUAGUGACCCCUCAUCCGCCGCCGUACGACCACCUCUUCGCCCAUCCGCGCGCCUACCUGGGACUGCGCGACACGCCACUGCACCGGCAGCACCUCCAUCACCAGCACGCGGACGACCUGAUGCUCGAGAGGUUCUCCUCCAUCCCCGACUUUCAGCCGUUCUUUGACAACGGCGAGCCGUGCAUCGAGGUGGAGUGCGGCGAGAACAAGGCACUGCUCUACAUCAACAAACUGUGCCAGGGCAGCAAGGGACCCUCCAUCAAGCACAGGGGCGAGUGGCUCACACCGAACGAGUUCCAGUUCGUCAGCGGCAGAGAAACGGCCAAGGACUGGAAGCGGAGUAUUAGGCACAAGGGGAAAAGUCUAAAGACACUUAUGUCCAAAGGAAUCUUACAGGUGCAUCCUCCAAUCUGUGACUGCCCUGGGUGUCGGAUUUCAUCUCCAGUGAACCGUGGGCGUCUGGCUGAGAAGCGCACCAUCCCUCUGCCGCCAAAUCGCGUACCCAAGAAGGAGCUGGCCUCCGUCUUCAGCAGUGACGAGAGCGAGGGUGGCGAGAGAAGCAGCACGGACCAUGCUGACAUCAAGCAAGAAGAAGAGCUCCACUACACUACGAUGAGAAAGAGUCGUGACAGUGACCUCUCAACGAUCAUCUCCAAUCUUCACCACACCCGACAGCACGGCAUGCCUGAGGGCCAGCCCUGCUCUGACAUCAGCCUCACCUCCACACACUCAGAUGACGUUCUAAGCAAGAAGAGAGCCUAUUCCCCGAGCAGCAGCAGCGAGUGCCCGUCUGACAGCAAAAAGUCCCGCAGUGUGUCUCCCAAAGAAAACUCACACACCCCUGCACUGGAGCUGAGCAGUCACAUGACCCCGGAAGAACACUAUAGACGGAUGAUGUCAGCGCUGAACGAGCAUGGCUCUUACGAAGAGCAGCAGCAGCGUCUUUACCAGCUCGCCAGCAGCAUGGGCGUCCCUAGUCACGAGCUGCUGCGUGUGCGUCAGGAGGCUCUGAGUGCUAUCAGGAACCCAGGAGCCAUGGAGGCUCACCUCCCAUCUGCAGGCAGCUCCUCCAGCCAGAGGAGGAAACAAGGCCUGCCCCAACACAGGGAUGCCCACUUCAGUGAGAGAGAGCUAUCCCAUCCUCCUCCACUACUGUCCCCGCAGAACGCCCCUCACAUCGCACUGGGCCCUCAUCUGCGGCCACCGUUCCUAGGCAUGCCCUCCGCUCUGUGCCAAGCACCAGCGUAUGGUUUCCUGCAGCCGGCUCAAGCCGAGAUGUUUGCACGUCAACAAGAGAUGCUGCGCAAACAGAACCUCGCUAGAUUGGAGAUGUCUGCCGAGCUGCUGAGACAGAAGGAGCUGGAGAAUGUUCAGCGUCAGCGCCUGUUAGCCGAGCCGCUUGCUCUCCAUCCGGGUCUGCCUGCUGAGCACCCGGCUCUACGUAGCCUUCACGACAUGCCCGAUGACGUCAGCCGCCGCAACGCCAUGCUGCUCUUGCGCCACAACAACACACCUCUGCUCUCACUUAGCCACCAGGGGGCGAUGGUGAGCAGUGCCUUCAAAGAGUCUGGUAGCCGUAGAAGCUCAAAGAAAGGUGGUACGCCGCAAGGGAAUGACCCGUCCCAGUCCAAGGGGCCUGGGGGAGACACGGACGGACACGAUGAAGACAUGAAAGACUCGGAAAGCGAUGGCGAAGCGUGUGAGGAGCGGCCGGAGGGACAGGCUAAAGCAGAUGGGCACAGUCUGAACUCUGAGGCUUGCCAAAGCAAGGACACGGCCAAGCCCAGCGAGGCACUGAAGGAGCUCGGGGAAGGCUCGGGCAGGCUCAGUGUCCCCUGCAGCUCGACAGCGCCAGAAUCACCCAGUCACCAUCUCUUCACACCAGGACUAAGCAAGAGCGAAGCCAAGUAUCUCCCACCAGGGGCACUGCCCCCUUUUCCCAUACUGCCAGGACAGACACUGCCCUUCGCCUUCCCCUACGCCAGCCCUUAUUUCCACGCUGGCGCCAUGGGAGGUCUGUUUGUGGACGGGGAGGAGGCGGCGGCGGCAGCAGAGGACAUCAGCAAGUGGAGUGUGGAAGAGGUGUGCAGCUUCAUCAGCAGCCUGGCAGGCUGUGGAGAGUACGCCCAGGUGUUUCGGGAGCAGGCUAUUGAUGGAGAGACGCUAGCGCUGCUGACCGAGGAGCACCUGCUCAACCACAUGGGGCUGAAACUUGGGCCGGCUCUCAAGAUCCGCUCUCAGGUGGCCCGACGCACUGGCAGAAUAUUCUACAUGACCAGCUUCCCGCUGGCCCUCCCACUAGCACCAUCUGCUCUGCGCCCGCCGGACCGAGACCCCCUGCCCGCAGAGACCCGGCCACCCUCGGCCCGUAGCACCUCCUCCCCGUUCAGUGCCCCUCUGGCCUGCCGCGCCUCCCCCAAGCAGGAAAACGGAAACCCCCCUACAGGGGCGGCUUACGACUCCGCUAAAGCUCUCUCAUAGAGAAUACCAUUAAAAUGCCAACUGCUUCACCGUACGGCUGGAGCAACUCUACAGGAAGGA